AUGAUCUUCACCAGCCAGUUUGGCGGGAAAAAAAGUGAAACGCCAGCAACUAGUGCAACAUCACCAACAAGUGCAACAUCAGGUACAAGUGCAACAUCACCUACAAGUACAACAUCACCAACAAGUGCAACAUCACCUACAAGUGCAACAUCAGGAACAAGUGCAACAUCACCUACAAGUGCAACAUCAGGAACAAGUGCAACAUCAGCAACUAGUGCAACAUCAGGAACAAGUGCAACAAGUGCAACAUCAGGAACAAGUGCAACAUCAGCAACUAGUGCAACGUCAACAUCAGGAACGAGUGCAACAUCACCUACAAGUGCAACAUCAGGAACAAGUGCAACAUCACCUACAAGUGCAACAUCAGGAACAAGUGCAACAUCAGAAACAAGUGCAACAUCGGCAACAAGUCCGAGAUAUUGGCUUACACAAGCAGGAGAGAUCGGUCUUGCGAAAGGACCGUCUCAUCACUGUACAGGAACAUCUGACGACUUCAAACAAGCUUUUACUGCCAUGUCUCUUUCAUUACUGGACUAA